GCAGAUUAUGUGCUCAGGUGUUGUUUCGCAGACUGCCAAGCACUAUGUGGGCCAGUUAGAUGGAGAAAUAGUCACCAAACAACCUGGCUGGAUGUCGUCUUUCGCCGCUUUUAACUAAACAGGAGUACUACGCAGGGAACAGCUGGUGUGGUAGAUUAUGAGUGAGGUGGUUUGCACAAAGUCCCAGGAGGAGUAUGAGGAUGACUUUGAGAAGGAUCUGGACUGGCUGAUCAGUGAGGAAGGCCGGAGUGAGGACCAGGGUCCUGACUACGAUGACAUUGAGGCAGACAUUGACAAAGAAUUGGAGGAGGAUGAGAAACAGCAAAGAAUGAAACGAAAGGAGAGAAGCUACAAAGAGGAGAAGAAAGGCAACAAAACAGAGGAGUUAGAGGAAGAUGAAGAGAGGUGGCCUUCACCUAUGGAGCCCUUGGAGUAUGACUCUGACAGAGACAGCCCAAAUAAGUCAUCACCUAUAGUCCCACCUCCUCCAGGGAUGGAUGACCAGACAGAUGAGGAGAAGAGGUACAUUCUGGAUAAGAUCCAGCAGGCAAACCGGGAGCUGCAGGACCAGGAAGCUCCAGAUAUGACGAGGCGCAGGCGCCUGCAUUUUAAAGAGACGCUGGUGGACCUGGUGGUGCCUCCGCUGCAGUUUGGCAAAAGCAGUGAGGUGGAAGGGGGAAACGAGAACAAGGAUAGAGCAAAGGAUACAGAGGUAGAGACUGAAGUCUCAGGGAAGCUCUCUGAGCUAAAACUUUCCCUGCGGGACGAAAGAGUAGGAUCUGGAGGAUCUGGCAGGGCUGGGGAGAGCAGUUAUGGAGGGCAGGAGGUAAAGGAGGGCAGAGUCCUUGUAGAAAAAGAUGGAAAGUUUGACCUGGUCAGCUUGAAAGAGGUGGAGAGUCAAGGACUUCUCCCUCCUAUCACAAACAACUACAACGACUAUUCCGGCUCGUCCCCACAGACUGUGAGCUCCAGUAAGAUCCACAGUUCUUCCUCUUCCUCCUCUCCUCGUUCUCGUGCCGGCUCUUCCCCCUUCCAGCAGGACUUUGAUCACCUCCGGGCCCCCAGACCUCCAUCGCAGCCCAAGAGCAGGCCCAGCUCAGCCAGCCACAGCCAGAGAGGGAGCCAGAUGAGAGGCAGCAAGCGGCGGGUGCAGUCAGCUACUGGGACACCCUUCCAGACCACCUACACCCUCUCCUCCCAACAGAAAGAGCUGCUGAACAGGAUCCAGGAGAGGAAGGAAAAGCUGGCUAGAGAGGCAGAGCAGAUGAAACGCGAGGAAGAGGAGCAGAAGAGGCAGGAGAACGAGCUGGCAUUCAAGGCCUGGCUGAUGAGGAAGAGAGACCAGCUUCAGGAGGAGAGAAGGAUCCAACGAGCUCAGGAGAUGGAAAAGAUGAAUUCUAAGAGAGACUCUUCACAGAGUGACUCGGAGGAGGCCUUCAGACUGUGGCUUCAGAGGAAGCAGGACCAGCAGCAGAAAGAGAGACAGCUGGUGGAGCUGAAGAAGCUCGAGGAGGACAGUGGUUACUUCUUACGCAGCCGCGAGGAGUGUGAACGUGCCUUCAAACUGUGGGUGAGGCGAAAGCGGGCGGAGAAGCGAGCAGAGCAGCAGGCGGCUCGAGAACGCUCCCGCAGGUUAGUGCUGGAGGAGCGGCGAGCGAGACGCAUGCGGGACCUACUGUGUACUGUCAAUGAAACCAAGCCAUUCAGAUUCACAGAGCAGCUGGCCUACCGCUUCUGAACCGCACACACCCACCAUGACCGCUGAGUUCACACAGCAUCACCUGAAACUGGAUUAGAGUCCAUUCAGAUGCUACAGAUCUGUUCAUUUAAUUACAGUCUGGACAACACAAGACUUGGUGUGAAACAUAAUACAUACAUUAUUCUGUCUGUAGU